UAAAAAUAAGCUUUUUUGACUUUGAGCCUUUGUUGCGCCCUGUAGGUUCCUUUCUUUUCUUUGAAAGUUACCAAAAACAAAACUUUGACUAAUGGACUAUAUGGAUUUGAAAAAAUUUUUAAAUUCGAGCAAAGGACGAAAAAGUUAUUAGCGAUUCAAAACCGGCUAUUUGACUGUUACACCCUGUAUAUGUUACUGUUAAGCUUUAUGAUCGUGUACAUUUCAUUGAGGCUCAUAAGGAUGAGCCAGAAUAUGCAAUUCUCAACCCUUCAAAUAUUUUGCAAACAUUUAAAGUCGAGGAUUGUGAACAAAUUUGCAGUGCGAAUCCCGACUGUUAUUAUUUUAGUUAUUGUGGUGAUUAUGAAUGUUCAAUGUUUGCAAGUCUACUCAAUCCUCCAGAGAAAAAAUACAAACCAGACUGCACAUUUUAUUCUAGAUAUAUACAAGAUAUGUACCAAGGGUAACUGUAUUAGUUUACAAAAAUUACCUGUCGACCAUGUCACACGUAUUGCAACAGAUAAGGAAUAAAGUUGCAUCAGGAAAAUUUCGUUUGCCGAUCGGUCUAUCAGCUGAAGAUUUGUUCGUUGUCAAUGGACCUGAAGAGAUUGGUGACAUUUCCCAGCAACUGCAUACAAGUGGUUCCAAUCCGUUAAGAGUUGAAGAUUUUCCAAUCAUUAAAAGUGAUCGCCAUUUCAAUGAAGCACAAUUCGAGAUGCAAAAUACUCUUCAAGAUUGUUUCAUGGCUUGUUUCAAUGAUGUUGAUUGUAACACACUUUCAUAUUGUAUUGGCCAGAAUAAGGAAUGCAUUCUGAGUGGAGAAACAUCGAGUUCAUUGAAAGAUACACUCGAAGACAAAACAAGUCAUGCAGAUGGAUGCAACAUCUAUCAGAAAUCAUUUAUGAAUCUAUUCCAUGAGUAUCCUGGCAAAAGUCUAGUUCUGGAUGCCGUCUCGACCAUAUCUGAUGUACCAAUUGGUGAUUGUGCUAAAAGAUGUGCUCAGUCAAAUGAUUUCAAUUGUGAAUCAUUUGAUUAUUGCCAAGAUAAUUAUGAACGGUAA